GAUACCUGUUACUUCAGAAAGUUACAUUUGAGUUGCUUAACUCGAAUAACCAACACUUGAAAAUGUUUUUCAAAGCUUUAUUCUUAGCUGCCUUUUUGGCUUUGGCUGCUAGUGAACAAUAUCCUCUGUUCCAACAGGACCAGAACGGGCCGCAGAACUACGGACUGUACCCACAGCAGUACGGAUACAACCAGGGGCCAUAUCCAACCCCAUACCAAGGAUACCCAUUCCAAUACAAAGGAUACCCAUUCCAAUACCAAGGUUUCCCAUACCAAUACCAAGGACAGUACCCAUUCCAAUACAAAGGAUACCCAUUCCAAUACCAAGGAUAUCCAUUUCAAUACAAAGGAUACCCAUUCCAAUACCAAGGAUACCCAUACCAAUACCAGGGACCAUUCACAUACCCAUUCCAAGGUCCAUACACCUACCCAUACCAGGGUCAGUUUAAUAACCAAAACAGAUUUUACGGAUUCCCUUACUACUUUAACCAGCAGGCAGCCGCUUAA